AUGAUAAACCAAAUAAUGAUGAUAAACCAAAUAAUGAUGAUAAACCAAAUAAUGAUGAUAAACCAAAUAAACCAUGCACACAUAAAAUAAAUAUAGGAAGUAAUACAUUAUCGGGAAAAAAUGAACGACAGAAUAAAAAUAUCCCAAAAUCAUUACAAAAAACAACAAAAUCUGUCAAACGAGAAAAUAAUAAAUUUACACGUAGAUAUCCAGAAGUAGUGAAAAUAGAUUUUGGUCCCAUAACAAAAGUAUUGGAUGAUGAAAGUGAUUAUAGUAGUGAUGAUUUAGAAGAUCAACUAUAUUAUGGUUAUGAAGGAUUAGAACAUGAGAUUAAUGAAACAGAUUUUCAUAUAGAAGGUAUAUUAGCAUAUGGUGAUAUUAUGUAUGAUAUAAAUGAUGUGGAUAAAGAACUUGAUAUAAACGAAGAAAAAAAAACUACAAACACUACAGACAAGAACAAAAAAAAGAGAAAUAAGCAAUCUUCUAGAAAAAGAAGAACGAAACAAAAUAAUAAAUAUAAGAAGGAAGACGAAAAUAUAGAAAUUCAUAUACCUCAAAGAAAUUAUAAACAAGAAAAAAUUGAGAUAUUAGAUAAAAAUAAAAAAGAAAUAAAAUACCAUAAUAAUGUUAAAGAAGAACAGGAAGUAAAGGAACAAGAAAAGGAAGUAAAGGAACAAGAACAUGAAGUAAAGGAACAAGAACAUGAAGUAAAGGAACAAGAACAUGAUGUGAAAGAACAAGAAAAAGGGGGAAUAAAAAAAAACGAUAUUACUAAAAUAACAGAAAUAAAUAUUGGGAAAGAAAAGAAAGACGACGAAGAAGAAGACGAAGAGAGAACAGAUGAUGAAGACGACGAAGAGGGAACAGAUGAUGAAAACGACGAAGAAGAAACUGAAGUAGAUGAAAAAGAAGAAACAGAAGAAGAUGAAGAAGAAACAGAGCAAGAUGAAGAAGAAACAGAAGAAGAAGAAAAAGAAAAAGAAGAAGAAGAAGAAGAAGAAGAAGAAGAAGAAGAAGAAGAAAAAGAAGAAGAAGAAGAAGAAAAAGAAGAAGAAGAAAAAGAAGAAGAAGAAGAAGAAAAAGAAGAAGAAGAAAAAGAAGAAGAAGAAGAAGAAACAGAAAACGAAGAAGAUGACAAAAAAGAGGAAGAUGAAAAGAAAACAAAAGAAAGAAAAAAAAAAAGAAAACAGAAACAAAAAAAUUAUAAGCAUGAAGGAAGAAGAAAAAAUAAAAUGAAAAAUGAUGACUAUGAUGAAUGUUUGAAAACGCAAAAUUAUUAUCCACGUGAUAUGGCAUUUGAACAACAACAAUAUUUCCCACAUGAUAUUCCAUUAGAACAACAAAAUCAUCACCCACAUCAUAUUAUAAAUCACCAACAAAAUCAUCACCCACAUCAUAUUAUAAAUCACCAACAAAAUCAUCACCCACAUCAUAUUAUAAAUCACCAACAAAAUCAUCACCCACAUCAUAUUAUAAAUGAACAAAAAAAUCCUAAUCAAUGUCGUAAAUCAAAGAAACAACCAUAUGAUCAUGUUCAUUACACCUCAAGACAGGAUCAUGGACCUCAAAAUAAUAGCGUUGUAAAAGAACAUGAAGAUAAUAUUCAUGACAUGGUAAAUGGACAAUACGAAUCACAAGAUAUGAAUAAGAAUAAAAAAAAACAUAAGAAUUGUAAAAAUCGAAAUUCUAGAAAAGAAAAAAAACAUCCUAUAAAUGAUAAUUCAUCAGGAGAAUCGAUUAAACAUGUAUAUAAUAAAUUUCCUCAAAAGCCUGGCCGUCAUACAAAUAAUGUUUCAUUAGAAAAACAAAAUAGUCAUGAAUAUAAUGUGAAUAUACAAGAUGGACAGGAGCCUGUAUAUUUUAACUAUGAAGAUAUGUUAAGAGUAGAUAAAUCUUUGUUUACAACUGUCAAUAACAUUUGUGAAAUCGAAUUUAUUUCUACAAAAAAUUAUUUAAUGACAAUAAUUGAUAACGACGAAUCAAAACAUAAUUCUUUAAAUGAUAAUGAUGCAAUAUUAAAAGAAAUAAAUAAAACUCAAAAUAAAUUUAUUAAUUUUCAAUUACCAUUAGAAAUUACAGUACCAAUGGCUCUUCGUAUAAGUGAACGUUUACGUGCCUUUAUUUUUGAUAAAGAAUUAACACCUUAUUAUAUAAAACAAUUAACAGAUAUAUUUGAAUUAGAAAAAGACGCAUCAAAAAUUUAUUAUUAUUAUCUAAAAUGUCAAAAUACGUAUGAAGAUAAAAAAGGUUUAUUUAAAAAUUUAGAUUCAAUAAAAUUAUGCUAUGAUUCACAAAUUGAUAAAAAUUUUGUUUAUAUACCCAAAGAUAAAAUACCUGGAGCUUUAUCCCGUAUAUCCAACUUCGUUAAUGAUUUACUUUUUUUACUUCCAGAAUUUAGUUAA